GCAUAUCCCACUGUUUUUUGUUUUUUUUAGUGGGCGUGAAAGCCGUGAUCAAGCUGUGCACAUUUUGUUACAGCAGGCGCUGUUAAAAGAAACUUAACUGAGACAGUGACUUCGACCUACUGGUACGCGACACUUGGUCGGUUACAAGCCGGCCCGUUCCGCUCCCAGUGUGACUACGGUGACUACAGCCUUACAAAUCAUUAUCGUUACGAUAGAAUGACAUCUCUCAUUGAAAGGAGAGCGAUCGGAGGCUAUUCUAAUUCACAGACAUUGCCUAAGAGCACACCUACGUCUUUCAUACCAGGAACACGGUUCGAUAAGAUAAAGUAAAGCAAACUAAGGGACGAUUAGACGCGCUCAGUAUCCAGGUUGCCGCUGCGGAAGAGGGAUGCCGGUAUGUCGGAUGAAAAUGAAGAGUUCCCAGUGUACAAAUCCAAAGAUGUGCCAUUUUCUUGGAGGAGCCCAAAGGAUAUCAAUACUGAUGCUGUGCUACACACCGAUGGAAGAACAAGAUUCCAGCAGGGAGAGUUAGGGGACUGCUGGCUGGUGGCUGCUAUUGAAAGUCUCAGACAUCAAGUCAACCAGGAGUCUUUCAAUGAGGUCGUUCAAGCACAUGGCAAUGACCUGGAGUUCAGGUUCUGGAAUGCGGGCACAUACCAGCAAAGUGUGAUGCUAGUCAAUGAUGCAGUACCUACCAGAGAUGGGGCUCUUGUUUUCAUACGUAAUACAGAGGGCAAUGAGUACUGGGGGAUCCUCCUUGAGAAGGCUUAUGCAAAGUGGGUUGGGUCCUAUGAAGGAUUGGAAGGAGGUUUCUGGACAGAUGCAAUCCAGAGCUUCACAGGGGGAGUGGUGGAAAGAAUCAAGCUUCGGGAAGGCAACAUACCAGAAAAUCUGUUUGAAAUCAUGCUAAACUCUUACCGUAGCGGCUCCUUCCUCUGCUGUAUUAAGAAGGACCCACACAGAACAGAAAAAUAUCAUUCAUGUUGCAUUGAUGCUCUGGAGAUCAAUGAAGAUAACAGCGAAAUAUGUGUUCGAGAUCCAUACAGCCAAGAAUAUAAUUUCUGGACAUAUGAGCAAUUUAUAAAUGAAUAUCACCGUUUGGAUAUGUGCCAUAAGAAUCUGGACAAUCUGAGUGCUCUCUGGGGGAAGAACAUUGGCUCCUGUCCAUGGGAAUCACAGAAUUUCAGUCUGCAACUGGAAAGCCUCUGUGAUGAGUUCAGCAUUAUACUUACUGACACCGAUGAUGACCAGGAAGGCUGCACAUUUGUUGUUGAGUUGGUGCAGAAAAUCAAACCGGAUGAAGGGGAAGAGCUCGAAUACAUCAGGCCUUGGGAUGCGUUGGUACAUUUGGAGCUGGAAGUGGGAGAAGAAAUCUUUCCAGUCAAGUUUCCGCAGGAGACACGCUGCUUUACACUGGAACCUGGCACCCAUGACAUAAGGGUCACCACUAACACGGAACAACACAGCAAGAUUUACAUGCGCAUAUUCUCCAAGAGAAUGUAUGAAGUGGAACGGAAGUAAUAAGGCUAAGGGUCUGUUACAAAACACUUGGCACACAAUUAAUGAACUGCUUCACCAAGUCUUAAUCGUGAAUAAUUUAUUGAAAAAAGGCAUGACUAUAUGUUAAUAUAUGUGAUUUCAUUGUUUUCCAGCACUGCACAGUGUCUGGUGCAGAAGAACUCAUUUAUUCCUGAAUCAGUGACACAGUGACCAAAGUUGUAUUUGAAUAGCGAUGAUGUUACAGCCUAAUUAUGCAUGAAUCGCUUUGCCCUUUAUUAUAACAAACCUCUAAAUGUUACGAUUUCUCUUAAAUAUAAUAAUUUAUUCAGAGUUAUGUUUGUACUUCUAAUAAGGAAUGGCUUUCUCUGGAAUUAGGAUAGGGCUCCUGUAUUACGAGGGAGAGUCAGUAAAUAGGUCACAAAUUGAUAUAAAGCGUAAAAUACAAGGGUUGGAUAAA